AUGUCUAGAGAAUCAUCAAUUUCAGAAGGAGGAGGAUGGGUAUAAUGGUUUUGUGCAAUGGAAGAUCAUCAAUUUUUGUGUGAAGUAGAUGAUGAGUUUAUAAGAGACAACUUUAACUUAUAUGGUUUAAAGAGUAAAUUUAAUUUCUAUAAGUAAUUUUGAAAUUUAAACAUUUUAAGUGAAGCUUUAGACUUGAUUCUAAGUUCUGAAACACCAGAUGAUGAAGAUUUAGAAGAUGAAAGAUUCUUGGAAGUAUAUUAAGAGGCUACAGACUUAUAUGGUUUAAUUCAUGCAAGAUUCAUAAUAACAGCUAAAGGUAUAUAGAAAAUAUGGAUGAAGGUUUGGGAAUGAUGAAAGAUAAAUAUUUAGGAGGUAAAUUUGGAGCUUGUCCAAGAGUAUUAUGUGAAAGAUAAAAUGUUUUACCAGUUGGAAUGAGUGAAGAAUUACGUACUUCAAGAGUAAAAGUUUUCUGUCCUAGAUGUGAAGAAGUUUAUAUUCCAAAAAAGAAAUGUCCUGAUNGUACAACCAUUUUUACAUCACUUUUAAAUGAAAUAUAUAGAAAAAUGAAUUUAUAUAUUUUUCUAAAGUUUUUAAGAUACUAAGAUAACUGA